AAGAGAGGUGGAGAUCAGAGAGAGAGAGAGCGGAAUGGACACAGAGAGACAGAGAGAGAGGCUAGUAGCCAGCGUUAUGAUAAGUGUUUACUGCACUGUUCUGAGAGCCAAUGAUCUGCUCUUGUGUGAGUCAUGGAGAUUAUUUAGACUGGUGACAGCGUGCAGCACAGAGCAUCGGCAGAACUCCCUCAUGCUUCUCACACUGACAACAGGAGACGUACAGCAGGCAGAUGCGUGACUGUUUGAUCUGUGAAAAAGCGGCCAGCGGGUCACACAUAUUGGCACAAAGGAGAAGCUGACAAAUGACUGUCACCAUCAUGAGGCUGGUGUGGAAGUCCCUGGACAAGAUGAGGUGUUUCCGUAAACGCUCCACCAUCCCCUUCCUGGGGGUCCUGAUCACCUGUCUCCUCUUCUUCAAUCUCUACAUGGAGGAUGGAUACAUGAUGGAGGCGGGUAAAAGACCGCUGAGAGAGACAUCAAUUCAUCCUUCAAACACUGAGAGAUAUGUUCACACCUUCAGAGACCUCACUAAUUUCUCUGGAACCAUAAACGUCACAUAUCGUUACCUCGCUGGGAACCCACUGCCCCGAAAGAAAUAUCUAACCAUUGGAUUGUCAUCCGUCAAAAGAAAAAGAGGGAAUUACCUCAUGGAGACAAUCAAAUCUAUUUUUGACCAGUCCAGUUAUGAGGAGCUGAAAGAGAUUGUGGUGGUGGUCCACCUGGCAGACUUUGACCUGGCCUGGUGUGAAAACCUGGUGCAGGACAUCUCCAGGAAGUUUGCCCACCACAUCAUCGCUGGGCAUCUCUUGGUGAUCCAUGCCCCUGAGGAGUACUAUCCAUCACUGGAUGGGCUAAAAAGGAACUACAAUGACCCAGAGGACAGGGUACGAUUCCGCUCCAAGCAGAACGUCGACUACGCCUUUCUCCUUAACUUCUGCACCAACCUCUCUGAUUUCUACAUGAUGCUGGAGGAUGAUGUCCGCUGCUCACGGAACUUUCUGACAUCCCUGAAGAAGGUGGUCACCUCCAGGGAAGGCUCCUACUGGGUGAUGCUGGAGUUCUCCAAGCUUGGCUACAUAGGGAAGCUCUACCACUCAAGAGACCUGCCACGCCUGGCCCACUUCCUGCUCAUGUUCUACCAGGAGAUGCCCUGUGACUGGCUCCUCAUUCACUUCCGGGACCUGCUUGCCCAGAAAGACGUGAUCCGCUUCAAGCCCUCCUUGUUCCAGCACAUGGGCUACUAUUCCUCAUAUAAAGGGGCAGAGAACAAGUUGAAGGAUGAUGACUUUGAAGAAGACUCCAUUGAUAUCCCUGACAACCCUCCUGCUAGCUUAUACACAAACAUUCAUGUAUUUGAAAACUAUGAUGCCACCAAGGCUUAUAGCAGUGUGGAUGAAUACUUUUGGGGGAAACACCCCUCUACCGGAGACUUCUUUGUCAUUAUCUUACACGAACCAACUCAAAUCAGCAAGAUAAAAAUCAUGACAGGAACGUACGAUCGUCAGAACGAUAUCCUGCACCAUGGAGCUCUGGAAGUAGGAGAGAAGCUGGUGGGGACAAAGAGAGGAAGGCAGUGUUCUUCCUACAUCACGUUAGGGGACUUUAAAUAUGGCAACAUUGAGAUUCAAGACGUGGACCACAAGAUUGCCUUUGACAUUGAGUGUGUCCGUAUUGUUGUGACUGCCAGUCAGAAAGAAUGGUUGAUCAUUAGGACUAUAAGUCUGUGGACUACACAACCUCCCAGUCAAUGGUACACCGAGGGACCAUACCGUUUAGACUAAAGUUUUUUAUUAAUGUGCCUAUUAAUUUAUAUUGAUUAUAUGUUGGAUGCUCUAUGGUUUAUUUUAUUAUCCAUUAUAUUUGACAUACAGUACAUUUUUGAGGAUUUGAAAGUUAAUUGGGUUGUCAACGUUGUA